AAUAAACUAUUAUAUGAUUGCAAUACAGAUGGUUGACGUCGAUAACAACGAUGGCUAUGAGUUGAUUGAAGAGACCAUUCAAUCGGAUGCAACAUUUCGUUCAACGAUUUCAAUUAGAAAAUCAAAAUUAUCCGACUUCGGUUCAUACAACUGUUCCGUUUGGAAUGAAUUCGGUUUCGACUCAAAGAUCAUUACUUUAGUCCAGGAGUCAAACUUUUCACCACUGGUCCUAUCGAUCGGAAUAAUAAUCUGCGGAAUUGUAUUCAUAAUCGCCUCAACAAUAAUCAUAAUCUUAUGUCUCAAACGUAAGAAUAAGUUCGUCGACAACGAGAGCUAUGGGAGUGACCUGAAAAAGGGUCAGGUGUUGGCCAAUAACACGGCUAAUGGCAAACACCACCACAACGUACUAGACUCGGGCAGCUCUGGCGCCGAUUCCGACAUCAAAGUGGAGGUGCGAACGGCCAGUUCGUUAUCACAGCAAUGGGAUGAGAAUGACCACCAAACCAAUGAACAGACUGUCCAUAAAGAUAUAGCAUCCCAAGUAGUGGAGAAUAUUUAUAGUUAUAAUAACAACCCGUCCCAACCCAUUGUCUUCCCCUCCAUUCAUAAUUCAAAUGGUUUUAUACCGACUUAUGUGGACUACAGUCACGACUACCUACUGGUGCCAUCAGCACAACUGCCAUCCAAUCACAACGGCUUAUCGCCAAACCAUACUCAACACGCGUCCAUAAUUAUCUCAUCGGUGGACAACCAGAGGGCCAGUUAUGCAAUAGAGCCCACGUAUGGCACACUCGUCGGCGACCAGAGGUAUCGACCGGUCGGUUACGCGAACCCAUACCUCCGGACAUCCAAUUCCUCAUCAGUUGUGACCACAAACAGUGAUAAUAAUAACACAAACAAUCAAUUGUCUGCCGGAAUGUAUAGCGCCAACCAAAGGUAUAUCACAAACAAUGGACACACCGGCCAGUCGUCACAAAAUAACCAAUUGGCGACACAUGUCUAAGACAUACCAGUGCUAUAGUGUUGUGCUUUUAGUGAAACAUUUAAGACAAUUAUGUGUAAAUAAUAGCGAC